UUCUGUGUACAGAGGAAGUUGAAACGACGGAAUACAGAGUUCAGUGGCAUCAUAGCGUCAUAUUUACGAUACAAUUCCUCCUGACGUCGUCUGACAGUGGUGUUUACUACCAUGCCAUAGAUAAAAGGAACCGUUAGCACUAUGCACGUAUCAUUUGUAGACUUGUAUUCGUGGACUUACAGUAGUUAUUACGACGUUCUUUGAUUCCAUGCCAUGUAUAUGUAUAAUUAAUAGUGUUGCGUGUGAACAUUCAGUGGUGGUUAAUUUGUGUUUGAUUUCUGGUCUGAUUUAGGUGCACGACGUAUAUAAACAAACUCAACCAGGCUAUUAGAAUGAAUAUGGAUACUGAUGACGAAGAUGAUUGUGGGUUUUUGGGAUAUGGUUAUGAAGAUUUAACGUUUUUGGAGGCGUGUUUAGACAGUGAUAUCGAGGCUAUACAAGCCAUUAUAGAAGAAAACCCAACGGAAGACGAAAUCAAUGAACGAGAUAGGAGUGGAAGGACGGGGAUGAGCCACAUCUGCGCUGCAGGACUGUAUCCCGCCAUUGACAUUCUUUCCGAUGCACCGGAAAUUGAUAUUAAUAUACCAGAUAAGGAAGGAAAUUCCCCAUUGAUAUUUGCCGCUCAAGCAGGUCACACAGACGUAGUUAGGUUAUUAUUACAAGAAUAUAAAGGCAUUAGAAUAGACCAUGCCAAUAAACUCGGCUUUACAGCUUUAAUGAAAGCCGCCAUACAAGGUCGUACAGAUUGUUCGAGACUCCUUCUAUAUGCUGGUGCUGAUCCAAAAUUAAGAGAUCAUGGAAGAAAGUUGUGUGCAGAAGAAUGGGCAAGGUAUUGUGGGAGGAAAGAUUGUGCAGAAGCCAUUUCCAAAUUUUCAAACACCAAACGAUUUCUUCAGCGGAGCAGAUUAGCCCAAGCAACAGAACGGUGUAGCAGUGUCCCUGACCUUGCCUCAGAUAUAUUUUCUGGUACUAGCCCACAGCAGAGACAGUCCCAUAAAAGACAAUCGUUGCGUAAAAAAAUCAAGAAAAUGUUGCCAUGUAAUAACGAAAACAUUGGAUUAAGCCUUGGGGAACCCGGAAGUCCGUUCGCUGUUAUUGCUCGUUGUGUGUCAAGUCCUGUACUCCCUGGUGUCUUGUCCCCGGUGAAUUCUCCCCCGAGUCUUAGGCGACCGGUCAGUGCAGACGAUAUUCCUAAAGUGGAGAUAACACUACCGUACGACGAGGAAGAAUUCAUGGCCAGACAAAGUGAACUUGGAAUUCAUGUAGGACGCGGUCGACGACAGAGAAAGUGUGUAUUUGUGCACUGAAUGAUGCGAAACUGUGGUCGUCCAUAAAAAAUGUGUCGUGUUCGGUAGCCUACAUGAAUCGUCUGGAAUCAAGGGUGAUAAUUACUAUGUGUUCGGGAUUAACCAUUUAGAAAGGAUAUGCAUGUGCAUUUAGCAAGUGCAUAUAGGGCUCCAAGGGAGGGGGAUAGUCGAGUUUUUGCCAGUGUUUUAUUUACCAUGGUUCAAAUUGUGCAGUUGAACAAGGCCCCGUAAAAGUGGUCCCACGAUUGAUUACAACAAAACAACAUGUAUACAUAUACGACAAGGAUAUUAAUAAUAAACGAUUUUGCGGCUUAGUGUCGUUUUGAAUUACAUAUACGUGGGAGCACCAUGACCUUUUCAUUACGCGGAGAUUCUCAAGUUUUUAAUCGGGUCCCGUAUGUGUUAAUAUGGAAGACUAAUUUGAAUAGUAAACAUCCAGCUCCCCAAUUAGCUAAUGUGGUGGAAGUGAGUUUAAGAUUUCAGACGUAGCCUGCAGGGAUUGUUAAAAGAUAGAAGUGUCAAAAUGGAUUCAAGAACAUCUCAAAGAGAAAACCGAGGUCUUUAUUCUUCAUGUUUGUUUUUAAAACAUUUCUAGUGUUCGGCUUCGGUGAUAUUUGCUCAGUACCUUUAAAUUGUGUAGCUCAUUCAUGUUUAUUUACUUUAUUCACCUUAUUUAGAGUCACUGAUCUUUGUUGUGCAUAUUUCGGACAAUAUAUAAUAUUCCACGGCUUAAAUAAAGGAAAUAUUGGUGUCAGCCAUUAUCACAUGGUUAAACACGUUCCAAAUAUAAUUUCAACACAGAGGUCAUUGCUACGAUAGAUGCGCAACGCCGAUUUGAAGAAACGGAAGUGACGAAAGUAACGAGUGAUAACAGAUACACGGGCGAAUUUCCGCUGACUACUAAUUCCUUCGAAGACCGAAAGUUGUUAUAUGAGACUGUGAGAGGAUAUCUGACAAUUCUAAAAAAUAAUUGAAUGAUUUGCUAGGGAUUCAAAAUCACUCAAAUGGCGAUCAGCGACUUUAUCGUUUUAUUCUCCACGUUGGUUUUGCAUAUCUUAAUACCGUAAUUUUGUUACGUUGGUCGAUAUUUCUAUUAUUCAUCGAUUAUAAUCAAUUACAAUCGAUCCUGUUAUUCAUUGAUUGCAAUCGAUUUUGUUGUUCAUCGAUUAUAAUUGCAUUGUUCAUCGAUUACAAUUCGAUUGUUCAUCGAUUACAAUUCGAUUGUUCAUCGAUUACAAUUCUGUUGUUCAUCAAUUACAAUCGUAUUUAUCAUCGAUAUAAUCGAUUUUGUUGUUCAUCGAUUACAAUUCUAUUGUUCAUCGAUUACAAUUCUAUUGUUCAUCGAUUCCAAUUUAUUGUUCAUCGAUUACAAUUUUAUUGUUCAUCGAUUACAAUUCUAUUGUUCAUCGAUUACAAUUCUAUUGUUCAUCGAUUACAAUUGAUUCUAUUGGACAUCGAGUACAUUACAAAUCAAUACAAUAAAAUAACAGGGAUCGGUUGAAUUUAAAUUACAGUAAAACUUGUUCAUAGCUCUAUUCUUUUCGGUCUGGAGUGAUGUGCUUAUAUGGUUAUGUCGGAAAUAUUCAAAUUAAAUUGUAUGCAAAACUGUGAGAACAGUCUGUCUAGCCGUUGCUGAGAAAUACACGAUUAAAAUUUUUAAUUUACGACUCAUACAAAUGUUCUAUAGUAAUUUAAAAAGUGUUUAAAGAACGCUCACGAGAAACACCUGUGGCUAACAUUAUUUUGUGUACGGUUUUAUAAAAAAUUUAUAUUCUUGGUGCGAAUGUUAAUGUCUCUUUGUAGGGUGGCGAAUAAAGGGCGUUUGCUGGUGCGUUUGUUGGUUUAAGGUUCCUGGUAUCCCAGCGAUUAUCCAAAGCAGGCCUGAUAUGAUUACCUUCCUAUCUAAAUCUGUAAUUGAUUUCGGAUACCAAACCGAAAGAACACUGUAACCGUCCCCCCCCCCCAACCCAACAAGCCAAUCAGUGGCGACAUUUUUUUCUGCUAUAAACCAACAAACACACCCAGUUUCAUUUUAUUACGAAUUUAUUCCCCAAUAAUUUAGCCAUUCACUAGAGAGCUUUUUUUUCGGUCUCGAAUUUAUGUAAAUUGCCACUUAAAUCGGUAUUACUAUUUUUUAUUGCAUAUGUCAUUGAUCAUAUAUAAAACGGUUGUGAUAUUAUUGUUUUACAAAUGUAUGACAAUUGGUUAUUUUCUUUGUUAAAAUGUGAAACAUUUGAAUAUCCUGCAUAAUUUUAUUGCAAAUCUUAUGUAAAUGGGGUGAAUGUACCUGUUUUAAUGUAAAUAUUUUAAAGUUUGUUUUGUAUGUUCUUGUUCAAGAUAUACUAAUUAAGUUUAGAGAGAUGUUCUAAUGGCGCUCAAUUAUAUAGUUUAUAUGUUUGUUUUAUUUUCAUAAAAAGAUACGAUUAUGCCGUUAUUCCGAGUAUCAUUCUGUGAGAAACAUGGGGUUAUUCAGGGUAUCAUUCUGUGGCAACUACGUGAUUCUCAAACUAUUCAUAUGACGUUAUUCCGAGUAUGAUUCUAUGAGAAACCUGGGGUUAACAAUUUAUUCAUAUGACGUUAUACCGAGUAUAAUUCUGUGAGAAUCAUGGGGUUUUCAAUCUAUUCAUAGGACGUUAUACCGAGUAUGAUUCUGUGGCAACUACGAGGUUAUAAUCAAUCUAACAUAUAACGUUAGUCCGAAUAUGAUUCUUUGUGAAACCUGGGCUUAACAAUCUAUUCUUGUGACGUUAUACCGUGUAUCAUUCUGUGUGAAACCUGGGGUUUUCAAUCUAUUCAUAUGACGUUAUACCGCGUGUGAUUCUGUGAGAAACAUGAGGUUAUCAAUCUAUCCAUUUGACGUUAUUCAGAGUAUGAUUCUGUGAGAAACUUGCGGUUAUCAAUCUACUCAUGUGACGUUAUAGCGAGUUAUAAUUCUGUGAGAAACCUGGGGUUUUCAAUCUAUUCAUAUGACGUUAUUCAGAAUAUAAUUUUAUGACAAACCUGGGGUAAUCAUCAUAUAAACUAAAUUUAGUUGUUUACGAGACUUUACAAUGGGUGACCUCACAACCUUAAUUCUAAUUAACUUUUCGGAAUUAAAUUAUCUGAAUCCAAAAAAUGGUGACAAUCGAGUAUCCCGUAUGUUAAAUUCGAUCUCAGAGCAUUAAGGCCAAGUAUUAUGUUUCCAAGUUUCAGCCGUAUUUUGUGAACUAAAAAAGGUUUUGCUUGUCGCCAACUUAAUUAUACUCCGGGGGGAAACUUCUGUAUCAAUUUAACCAUUGUUGAUCUCGUUUUAACCAGUACUUUUUAGGGUCAUUAUAUUUUUCAUCUUAUCACUGUGACUUACAUUCUCGGUAUCCCCAGUGGUAUGGAGAAGAAAUCAAAUAUUCCACGGAAUUUUUCACAAUUAUUAACAUAUCACACUAGUCAUUUAUUGGCGUGACCUUCCCAUUUCUGAUUCAAGUCAGUCUUAAAAGACUCAUCUCCUGUCGAUAAUACGAAAUCCACGGUAAAAACCCAAGACUGUGCAAAAGCUAGGCGUACACCUUUUACCGAAACGAAAAUGAAACACUAAAUAAGAAGGGGUGUUGUCAACGUUCAUUAUACCAAUCCUGUCUAUACGUUCAAAAUGGAAAACAAUAUUUCUAGCAAACUGUACAUCGGAUAUUGCCGAGAUAUUUUCCAAAGGAUAACCCAUUCGGGUGUCUGUAGAAAAGCAGGCCCACUUUAUUUUGAUUGUUGGCCCCUUCUCUUAAUCUCUUCUCUUUUGUAGACAGUUUGUUUGUCACCGGUAUCCACCGUCCAUGUGCGCAACUUGAUGGAGCUCGCUGGCCACCAUGAGGUUGUUCUAGAGAUGCUGAACUUGUUAAAACUGAAAAUUGCUGUCCCAGUGUUGUGGAGGGGGUGGGGAUGGUCGAAUGGUUAGAGCGUGCGCACUGUAUCAUAAGAUCUGUCAUUUAGUCGAUUCCCCGCUUGUACGUGACUAGGAAUAGGAUCGCCUGCCCAACCUCGUGGGUUUUCUCCGGGUCCUCUGGUUUCCUCCUACUGCUGAAGACCCCUACGAAUUAUUGAAAUCAAAUUGAACCAUGUAUUAGUACCGAAAUGACCUAGUUUUUGUCGACUGGAUGUUAAACCCCAUUUCUCCCUAUCUCUCCCAGCGUUGUGGAUAAAAUAUGUGAUAAUGAUCAUUUGUUUCGCGUCAGGAAAAAUAUGAGAUAAACUCUAUUAACAAUGACUUGUAGCAACUCAGUGGUCCUGACAUUUUUAAACUGGCGCGAGAUUUAGCUCUAUAUAUGGUAAACCACAUUUCAUUUAUGAGAUAUGAACAUCUUCUAUUGAACUACAAAGGAGGCUAUAUAAUUAAAUGGGCACACGUGUAGGAUAAUUCAUUUUCAUAGUCAUUUCAACAUGGCGAAUCAUGUGACACUUAGUUGUAGGCAUCAAGGCAUGGUCAUAUAGACUAUGUCAUAGUUGUUGAAUUGAAAUCUUGUCGCCGAUCACACAUGCAACUGAACGUUUGCAUUUCUCGCCAGGGAGACCUACAAACGGAUUUGACCAGUUUUAUUCCAUUAAAAUUUUAUCUGAGAAGCCUUCUUUAAUCUGAUCUGUAGAUCAAUCAAAAAUCGACUUAAGACAAAGUCUGGUUGACACAGCGAAAUCUUCAAGAAAAGAAAGAUUACUUGUUAUUUAAACGAUAUCAUAUCUUAUUUGUUAUUUCUCUGCAAAUAGAAGUAUGACGUGCGAUAUUAAGAUGUUUUCAUGCAGUACGAGAAUCAUUUAAAAAAGAAAAAAAAAAUUAUACCGAGAUUAUAUAAAAUCAGUUUGGUCUAUUUUUAAGCUUAUAUUCUGUUUUUUUGUUGUUCUUCAAUGGGCGAGGAGUUAGGUGCGCGUCAAAUCACAUGGUUUUGUACGUGACAAGAAUUAGGAUCGCCUGUCCAACCUCGUGGGUUUCUGGGUCCGUCAGUUUCCUCCUACAGCUAAAGACACCUACGCGCAAGCGAAUUACUGAAAUAAAAUUGAACAAUAUGUUAGUCCCGAAAUGAUCUUGUUUGUGUCGAGUGGACGGUAAACCGCAUCUCACUCUAUUUCUCUCUCUCUUUUUGGGGCUAUUCUUCAAAAAAAAAAGCCAAGUACAAUCGACAUGAAACUUUGGCAUGCUUAUUCCUUGGACAAUGGAUAAUCGAUUGACAGACUUCGAUUUCUAAUAUGACGUCACAAUUCUAAGAUGGCGGCGAUAGUCCAUGUAGUUUCGGAUUCCUUAGACGCCAUAGACUGCCUUGGAAUAUAGAUGUCGUGUACCGAUCGUUCGUAGUAAUGGGUGCAUUAGAAAUCGGAUAUGGACGUAAUGUUGAAACCGAAACCUUUAAGAGUCGACUGCGUAGACAUCUGAAAACGCCCACUGAGAAAUUACCCUUUAAAUAACCGAGAUUCGAAACUCUGCGACAAUAGCUAAUCAUAAUUGUCCAGUCUGUGAGUUAGUAUAGAUCCAUUAACUAAAACCAUUCUCAUGUCGUUAAGAUAUUAAAUAGUCACAAUUUACAAGACCUAAAGGAUAUUUUAAGCGAAAUCCCUGCUGUUCAGUAGUUUUACCCGUCUAGGCUCUUCUAAACCAUGCGUGGUGCCAACUUCCUGUCUAUCCAAACAUGAAGUACUGGAAAGUGUCAUAAUUGAUUCUGUCUGGUGUCAUCCUGGUCUUGUUGGUUAUGUGUGUGUAUGUUAAAUCAAAAUGACAUAUCCACGCUCCUGGUAAUAUUCAUCCUCGGUAUUAUUACACUCUAAAGAUUGCCCUGUAGACUAUACGGCCAGUUAACUAUGCAAAUCGUGGGUUCGGUCCAGACUAUGUGAGUUCGCUUGUCUAAUGUCAUGGUUGGGUUGUUGGGGUGAUGGUGGGGCGCCUAUUUAAUGUCAUGGGGACGGGGAGGGGGGGCUCAGGGUAACCCAGAUUUGGACUACUUUUUAAUACUGGUGCGCGCAAGAGAAUAAUGGAAAUAAAAACAUGCCAUAUAUUAGUCCCGAAAUGACUCUCUAUAAGGCCCACAUACACGGUACCUGACCAACCCAUGUCUCUCAGUAAGUUGUCAAAAUUUUUAGGAUUCUUUUUGUAGGCUGAAUGCUUUGGGCCUGGUGGUUUUUGGUUUUCAAAUUGGUUAGUUCCCGAUCCGAAUAAUUAAUUGAAACAUAUUUGUUAUUUCAAAUGGAUUUGUAAUUUGACAUGCUUGUGUUAUUUUACAUGCAUGUGUUAUUUGAACCUAAUUAUAGAGCGUAAUACUUUGAAUCAAUUUUUGUCUUUUCUACACAAUGAUUGAUAUUGCAUUUAAGAAACAUGCUAUCAGUUGUUCAGAGUUUUAUCCAUUUUGUUUAUUUUCUUGGAUAAAGAUUUUUUUCGCUGUAUUCUAUCUCACUUUAUUCAUAUCACGUGCAAUCUUGUAAAGUCCAUGUCAACCGUCUUUAUUGAUGUUAAAGGGACAUUUCGCUUAUAAGAAAUUGAAUACUUGUCGACUUUUAUAUGUUUAAUUUUCUUAUUUUCAAAUUGUCAGCCCAUAAACUACACUAUUCCCAACUAUGGCAAGACAAUGAAUUUCCAUUCCAAACUUGUCUACGGGGUGCUUAUUCACUGAAGUCUGUAUUCGUUUUUUCCUAGCCGACAUGUCCCUUGAGAUGAUUUAAUUUUGUAUAUGUAAAUUUACCCAAUCUAUUAUUACUAUAGCACCAUAAUUGUCUGUAUUGAAUAAUUUAUUUCUACAAAAUAAAACUAAUUUUCCAUUUUUCUUUAAAAUAAAAACUUUUAAAACUA